AGAUUCGAUAACGUAAAAAUAUCUAAAUGGUUUGCUUCUCUAAUUCAGUUGAUGUUUAUAUAAAAUAAACACGUGAAUAUUGUGUUUUCUGUACAAAAAGUGUGUAAAAUUUAUUAAAGAAAUAUGUUUCGCAUGCCACCACAAAUCGAUCCCGCUGAGGAGAAGAAACGCAUCCAAGCCGAUGUCCGUAACAAUUUUGUCUUCUUUGCAGCAUUAUGCGCUGCUAUCAGAAUUGCGCCUUUCGUUUUAGGUAAAAUUCAAGCAUAGCGUAUAUUUUAAACACGCUUGGUUAUGGGACCAACAAGAACACAUAUUUCCGGCGUUUGAAGAAUGAAACCAUUUUAAUCAAAUUAUUUUUAUCAAAAUCAUUGUUAUAUGUUAAGCUCAUCAAAUAACUAUUGUUGAAAACAUUGAAAUAAAAAAAAAUAAAUAUAUAGUAAGAGAUUUGUUGUAAUGAAACGUUAA